GAGAAUGUGUCGCUUGCUGAUGUUCUUUCACUGCAAGAUAGCUGUCUUACUGAGCAGGAUAUUUGGGCUAUUUGCCUGGAGUGUAGUCAGUCUUUGAAGAGCAUUAUCCACUCUACAGUCUUUCAGACCCUUUGCAUCACUCCUGACACUUUGGCUUUUAACACCAAUGGCAAUGUAUGCUUCAUGGAACAGAUCAGUGAUGAUCCAGAAGGAGCUUUCGUCCCACCAGAGAUUGAUGAAACUGGAAACACAUUUGAAGCCCAUCUGUAUUCCUUAGGAGCUACUUUAACAGCAGCACUAGAGUAUACAAUGGAAACUGAAACGGAUCCGGAAUUUAGCCAGGAUCUCUAUUCUCUGCUUGGACAAAUGCAGAAAGAAAAUCCUAAAGAAAGGCCAGACAUUGAG